AGAGGGUGGAGAUGGAUGGCAGGAGAGAGAUCACUUGAUCAUUACCUGUCCUGUUCAUUCCCUCUGGGGCACCUGGCAUUGGCCACUGUCAGAAGACAGGAUACUGGGCUGGAUGGACCUUUGGCCUGACCCAGUAUGGCCAGUCUUCUGAGCUUACCCGUCUGAGCGGCCGGCGGUCAGGGCCACGGGCAGGUGAGCGCCACAGAGAAGACGAGGGGGCGGGGAAAGGCACAGCCAGCCCUGGGGCGGCCUGGUGGCAGCAGCGAGUGAGAGCAGCUGCCGCAGGAAGCAGCCGCAGCAGCGCCACUUUCCCUUCCCCCCCCCCGCCAGCGCCCGGAGCCGCCGCCGCCGCCUGCGCAGCCAUGACCCGGCCCUUCUCCCUGGCCGAGUGCGACGCGCUCGGCUUCGAUCUGGACCACACGCUGUGUCGCUACAACCUCCCCGAGAGCGCCCGGCUUAUAUAUGAUAGUUUUGCCCGCUACCUGGUAACCGAGAAGGGUUAUGAUAAAGAAUUGCUGACUGUAACUCCAGAAAGCUGGGACUUUUGCUGUAAAGGGUUGGCAUUGGAUCUGGAAGAUGGAAACUUUUUUAAGCUUGCUGGAGAUGGAACAAUUUUGAGGGCAAGCCACGGUACGAAGAGUAUGACUCCUGAAGAGAUCUUGGAAAUUUAUGGCAGGAGGGAAUGGAAACACUUUAAAACAUUCAGUGGAAUGGUUUCCCGCUCAGCUAAAUAUUAUUGCUAUGACAAUUAUUUUGACCUGCCGGGAGCCCUUCUUUGUGCAAGGAUUGUGGAUUGUUUAGAUAAGCACGACAGACAGACAAAAUACGACUUUUGGAAGGAUGUGAUUGCUGCUAUACAGCAUAACUAUAAAACCUCAGCUUUUAAAGAAAACGGUGGGGCAUAUUUCCCAGAAGUGAAAAAUGAUCCAGCCAAAUAUUUACAAAGUUGCCCUGAGUCUGUAAAAAAGUGGCUGAGGCAACUGAAAAAUGCUGGGAAGGUCCUGCUGUUGAUUACCAGCUCUCACAGUGACUACUGCAGACUCCUGUGUGAACACAUCCUUGGGAAUGAUUUUGCAGAGCUUUUUGACAUUGUGAUCACAAAUGCAUUGAAACCUGGUUUCUUCUCUCAUACGCCAAACCAAAGACCUUUCCGAACUCUUGAGAAUGAUGAGGAGCAGGAGGCUCUGCCAUCCUUGGACAAGCCUGGCUGGUAUUCCCAAGGUAAUGCUACCCAUCUUUAUGAACUGCUGAAGAAGAUGACGGGCAAGCCAGAACCUAAGGUUGUUUAUUUUGGUGACAGCAUGCAUUCAGAUAUUUUCCCAGCCCGUCACUAUAGCAACUGGGAGACGGUCUUUAUCUUAGAGGAGCUUAGAGGGGAUGAAGUUAUGAUGCUUGUGGAGACUGAGUCUGAGCCCUUGGAGAAGAAAGGAAAAUAUGAGGGACAUCACCCAAAAGCUCCUUAUUCAGUAUCUAAACAGUGGGGUUCUUUCUUUGUGGACAGCAUCUCAGGAUUGGAAAGUACAGAGGAAACCUUAACUGACACAUGGUCUUGCAAAUGUAUCAGUGCUUAUAGCACUAUUGCAAUUCCAAGUAUUGAAGCAAUAGCAGAUUUACCACUGGAUUAUAGAUUUACCCGAUUUUCCUCAAAUAGCUUGGAAACUGCUGGUUACUAUCCGAAACCUCCGAGGGUAUUACUAUCAAAUGGUGAGCCAGUGACUACAAAAUAGAUCAUAUCCCCCUUUUUCCUCACAUACCCUUGUAGUCCUUAACUAACUGCUGUCAGAUGCUAAUUGGUGAAAAUACCAUGCAAUGCUCCAUAAAAUCAAGUGAUGAAUUAAAAAAUGGACCCACAUGCAGACUUGUGUUUUACUAUAGUACAACUGGAACAGGGGAGCACUGAGUACUUAUCUAUACAUCUUCCUACCAAGCUACCUCUCAGAAGUGCAUUGAAACUAAUUCAUCCCAAAUUACAUGCUAAAUUCACACCAUUUUGAAGGACACUGUCUACAUUCCCUAUUUAAGGCCACAGCAACCUCCACUGCUACAGCAAUUCGUGAGAGAGCUGAUUGAGGAGGGCAUAAAAAUAGGACAACACACAGUAUCAAAUGCUGUUUAUGAUUAUGUUUACAGUUAAAGUUAUCUUAUGUAUAAGUUACAUUUUAUCUUUACAUAAGUCCCCCCAUUAUCACAGUACCUGAGUUAUAUAAUACAAUCUGUAAUACAUUUAUUGUGUCAACAGCCCUGGGAGGGAAGGCAGUGCUAUUAUCCCCAUUUACAGAUGGGGAACCGAGGCACAGCGAGACUAAGGUCCAAAUUUUUAAGGUAUUUAGGUAUUGCUCUGCUCAGUGUUGCAAGCCUACAUGAUUUAACAGCCUAAGUUUUAUUUUCAAAAGUGACUUAGGCACUUAGCCUAAAUUCCAUUGACUUUCAAUGAGAAUUAGUCUCCUAAGUCACUUAGGGCAUGUCUACGCUGCAGUUAGACACCUGCAGCUGCCCUGUGCCAACUGAUCAGGCUCUCAGGGCUCAGGCUAAAGACCUGUUUAAUUGUAGUGCAGACAUUCAGGCUCAGGCUGCAGUCCAAGCUCUGGGAUCCUCCCACCUCACAGGGUCCCAGAUCCCAGCCUCCAGCCCAAGGCUGAACACGUACACUGCAAUUAAACAGCCCCUUAGUGUGAGCCUGAGUCAGCUUGCAUGGGCCAGCAGUGGGUUUUUAAUUGAAGUGUAGACAUACCCUUUUGACCAGAUUUUUAAAGGUAUUUAAGCAUCUAAAGAUGCAGAUAGGUGCCUAGUGGGAUUUUCAAAUGCACAUUGGCACCUAACUCCCAUUUAUCUCAAAAGCAACCAGUACAGAUUAUACCAGUUCCCCUAAUGAAAUAAGCCGCCCCAGCAAUAGGAUUUUUUUGCUGGUAUAACUGCAUUUAUACUAGAGAUUUUUUUGCCAGUAUAACUGUGUUGGUCAUGGGUGUAAUUUUUUUCAUACUCCUAAUGGACAUAACCAUGCUGGCAAAACUUUUAAAUGCAGGCCGGGUGCUAGGCUAGCCACUGGACCAUCCAUCUCAGUCCAGAGUAACUAGUUGAUAAGAGUGAAGUUACUCCAAAUUUACCCUGGUUUAAUAGACCAGAAUUUGGCCAUUUAUUUCAAAAGCAACAUGUCUGACUAUCUAUAACUCCCGUGCACAAGGCAGUAGCAGAAUAUCAGAUAAACUUCCUUAGAGGACUGGAUGGCUAUUUCAAUUAGCAAUAAUCUUUCACUUCUAGACUUCCGGUUUGAAACAAACAACUGUUGUUGUUAUCUUAUGUCUGCCUGAUGGUCUACAUGAAAUAAAUUAGUAGCUUGACUCCAGUUCACUGCAUGAUCGCAUUCCCACAGGGUAGGACAGUUCAUAUGCAGAAGUCAGAACACAAAAAGAAGCAUUAAAUCUUUGUUACACAAAAAUCAGCCUGAACUAUCUUGUUUCUAUAACAUAGAGACAUUCGUUUUAAAUUUAUCUACUCCAGUGUACCCACAAGAUACCUGCACCUUUUCAGUUGGCUGUGUGCUUAGCACUGAUGGGUUACCGCAAGUCAUACCUAUAAAGAAAAGAAACAAAAAAAGUUUAAAAAAUACAGAAAACAAGAAAUGUAUCCCUUACAGGAAAUAUCGGUUAUAACUAAAAGUGGGAUAAGAGAGUUCUGGUCUCUAAAAGUGCCCUGCUGCUCCCUGUAACCUAUAAACUAAAAAGCUAGCAAGGCUGGGAUUUUGCUAGCAAGGCUGGGAUUUUACUCGUUUCUCUUUAGCACCUAAUAAUCCCAGUAAAGGGAAGAACAAUGAUGUUCAGUCUUCUUCCCCCACUCCCCCUCUCCCCCUCCAAGGGAUCAGAUUUUCAGAUGCUGUAAAUUGGCAUAGUUCCUUUGCGUUGAGAAUCUGGCCCCAAGUCUACAAAAUGUCUGUAUUAAGUAGAGAUGGACUCAAGCUAAAAUCUCAGAUUCAGAACUAUGUGAUUGUUUGAAAUCCAAAUCUGGAUCCAGAUACUGAUUUUGCAAAUGAUUUCUAAUUUUAUGGGCCAAACCAAUAUCCUAGCACCUUCAAGCUUUCUAUGUUCUGAUUUGAAUUUUGUUGCAUGGUUCCCUGUCUUGGGUUUUAAGUGUAUAGAGUUAUAAUCCUUAAAACAAUCAUUGGGUCUCAAUGUCUCAACGAAUAAGUAGUAUCUCCUCAUCUAGAAAAUAGUAUGUGCCAGAUUCCAAACAACCUAAGUGUAGACUUCACCCUAAGAAACACAAACUUCUAUGCAAAUGUGGACUUGUUUAGAAAGAGAGGUAGUGGUGGCUAAUGAUGAAGACUGUCAACACCCAUUCACCCUUGCCUCCUGCUGGAGACGAGCAGAUGUACACAAUAGCAGAAGCAGUGGUGAAACAACAGAGAGUUGCUGCUGAGUAUGGCUUCAGCUGUGGUUACGUGGAGAAAAGAGAGAGCACCAUACUGCCUUCAAGGCUAAUGGUCUGGGGAUGGGAAGGAAAGACUUUGAGCAGAUGAACCUUGGGAAGGACAAGGGAAGCUCUGGAGAAUAGAGAAUUCUUGAGGGAGUGACAUGUGAGAUGGGGAGAAGAGAGUCAUGGGACCCAGUGUUUCUCUUCUAUUGCAGGGGGUUUUUUAACCCAUAACUUGUCAAAUUUCUGUGGAAUCCAGUAUGAAAGAAUACUGCAGAAUGUUCUUAAAUGCAGUGUCCACAUUACUGUCCUCAGUAUCUGUAGGUGGACCCCAGGGUGAUAUGUUUUAAUAGCUAAUUAAAAUUAAUUAAAGUAUCUCAUUGUAUAAACUUGAAAGUAACAGCUUUGCUAAAUAAAACCUCUGUCAACCUUUGUUUUGGUAUAAACCAUGUCCGUUUGAAUUUUAAAAUAAAGAUAAUUUAUUUCUGAACAAUUUUCUCAGAAUUCACGGUACUUGAUAACCUAGCAACAACAAAAGAAAGAUGAAAUCGUUAAAAAAAGUGCAAGUCAAUUUAAAUGCUACAACCCUAACAUGGCACAAAUUGUCAUGCUCAAAAUGAAUAUCUGGAUGAGUCAGUGACCAAAGCCCAGUGGCCACUAAUGCAAAAUAAUACCUAGGAGAAGUCAGUUUUAACUUCACAAAUGGAAUCCACUCAUUAUUGCUUAUUGAAUUAAGACUUGUUUCUGGAAACUGAAGUUUUAUUGGAGAAAACCUUUCAAAUCCCUAGUCACUAAAAUGUAUUCAGAUAAACAUUUUAGCUGGCUUGCUCCUCGUUUGUUUUUCCCCCACGUCCAUUCCUGGGCACAACAGAUUCUUUGGUUGUUGAGAGCUCCUGAGUUCCCCAGCUAUAGAGUUUGCCCUGCAACUUGAGUGGAGAAGCAUGCCCUAAGAAAGCAGCAUCCAGACCAACUCGUAGGGGAAUUUCCAGGGGCAGAGCCUGUGGCCCAAAUGCUCAAUUGCAAGCGUAUAAAUCUAGGAUUUAGCAAUGCAAGUCAAAGCUGAAAUUGACCCAUCACCUCUGCCCAGCCCAUCUCUUAUACUUGGGAAUUGGGCUAUGGGCUAUGAUGUGAUGGGACAAUAGCAUAUGAUCAGGGUCUGUCCAUGUCCCAGUGGUGUUGGGUUUCUAUCCAUUGAUGAACAUGUUGCAUAGUCCAAAGAUGUAUUUCUAGCUGAUAGCUCAAAAACUGGGGAGCCAGGAGGUGAGUCUUAAUCAGGCUGAUAGUACUACCUCUCCAUUGCAUUCAGGGAGAAAUGGAUGAGAGAAACGUUAAUCUUUUCACCUUGACCACAUAAUAUUGCUCCUUAUUUGUAAUAAAAUUUAAAGGAACUCUGUUCUGACUUCUAGUCUCUGGUCCUGGCACAGGCUGAAUCAGCCCAGCCUACAGCCACUUUACCCACCAUGUAAUCAUUGGCUAAGACUAGGUCACCAGUUAAUGAGAUGGCAGUAAUUCAAAGUGAUUAGCCUGCCUUUUCCGUCGAGAAACAGCACUUCUUCUAUAAGCAAUGUCAUAAAGAAACCCCGGCUCUUCUUUCUAGGAGCUCUAAUCUCAGGGACCCUGAAACUAGCACAGGGGAUGAUAACUUCCCACUGACCUAUAAAAAAAUAAUAAAGAGAAGAGGAGCGUCCAUGGCUGGUCUUUUCAUGAAGUUUCUCUCCACCCUGGGAAUGCAGUUACAUGUCCUGGGUUUCAUAAAACUGUUAGCCAAUUUGUACCCCUUGUACCACCAAUAGGGAGAGAGGACUUUACCUUCAUCAGCACACCCUUAUUCAAAAAGCACUUAACCAUAAUGUGCAGUAUCUUUGCAAACAAUAAUGUGUAAAUUAAAUGGUGUUGCUUUACAUUUCAUAGGUUUCAGAUUAAAUAAUGUGUCAAAACACAUGAGAUUAAAAA